AUUUUGUUUUUCUCAAUUGAUAAAACAAUAAACAAUCGCAUUAAUAAACUAGUUUAACGAAACAAAAUGAUCAAAGACGACAGAGAUCGGCAAUUCCCCGCCGGUGGGAGUAGACUUUCCCUCAUCGCAAUCGCCGGCCUCAUCGCCGGAGUAAUACUUAUCGCCACCUUAAUAAAAACCGGCGACUAUUCCCUCCUUUGCUCUAUUGCCAAGUCUAGAUCGCAACCCAUAAAUGGAUUCUCCGACAUGGAAACUCAACUCCGAGCCCUCGUUCACUACGCCACCUCACAAAUCACACCGCAGCAAAAUCACGACGAGAUCUCCGUCACAUACGACGUACUCAGAAACCGGAAUCCGUGCAAUUUCCUCGUCUUUGGACUCGGCUACGAUUCGCGCAUGUGGGAUGCUCUGAAUCCCCAGGGUAAAACGUUGUUCCUCGAAGAGGAUCAGAAAUGGGUCGACGAGGUGCUCAAAGGUGCGCCGAACCUCCACGCGUACGCUGUGAAAUACCGUACGCAGCUGAAGGAAGCGGACGCUUUGAUGGAUCAUUAUCGGACGCAGCCGACCUGUUUCCCGUCGAACGCUUACUUGCGUGGCAACGACAAGUGCAAGCUUGCUUUGACGGGUUUUCCCGAAGAGUUUUACGAUACGGAGUGGGAUUUGAUAAUGAUCGACGCGCCGCGUGGGUAUUUCGCGGAGGCGCCGGGUAGGAUGGCUGCGAUAUUCUCGGCGGCAGUCAUGGCGAGGAACAGGAAAGGAGCCGGCGUGACCCACGUGUUCUUGCACGAUGUUGAUCGGAAGGUGGAGAAGCUUUUCGCCACCGAGUUUUUGUGCACAAGGUACUUGGUGAAAGGCGUUGGGAGGCUCUGGCAUUUCGAGAUUCCCGCGGCCGAUAAAACCACCGGCCACGACGAUCCUCGUUUUUGCUAAAAUGCACACCGCCGCUGUUACGUCGAUGCACCGUUUUUGCUAAAGUGCACCCUUAAAUUUACAAUAUACCAGCUGAUUGGAGCUGUUAAUUUUUUACUUUAGACAAAGAGAAAUCUAUCGGAA